GAAGUGUUUUUAAAAUGUAACCUUAAUUAUUGGCAGCCUUUUUUCUUUUUUUGACGCUUUCCCAAUUAAAAAAUUAUGUGUUUUGGAAAUAAUAUCAAGUCGUCUCAGUUUUUUAAUCCAACCACAAUUUUUUAUGUUCUAAAAAUUGCAUAUAAGCAUUGCAGUAAUUCAUCAAAGCGAAGGAAGACUUGAAGUUUUUUUCUUUAAUAACAACAAACUCUACUUCAUAGAAAAUGAUGGUCAAACUUUCUGUUCCUAUCGUGCAAAUCCUGCAGGUUUAUUUCGCACUAAUCUAGGCGGUCGCAUAACUUUUGCUGUUCCUAUUCAUUGGGAAAACGCACAUUUCCUCUUGGCUCAUAAUAAUAAAAUCUCGCGCCUCGAAUGGAAUAGUGAAACACAUAAUCCAGGUCGUUUGUGAAUAUUUUGGACUCUGGUUUGGGACUACUUUGGGAAAUUUUUGGUCUUUCGCUCCAAAUAGGUCUUCCCAGCAACUCAUCCACCAUGUGAUUCUGGGACUUGGUUUUAGCAAAGGAGUCGUGUUCCACCCUACCUUGCACAUAAUCUAUUACAUAGAUUCUGAAUUUCAGAGAAUCCUGUCGCUCACUUAUGAUCAUGAAACCAAAAUGGUAACUGGGCCUCCUCAUGUCGUCUUUGACUUGUAUGACUGGCAUCAAACCCAGAGUCCUCCUAUCUUCAGCGGUCAUGUUACUCUGGGCCGUAUGACAAUUGAUCAAAGAAAACUGCUCUGGGUGCCUCUUAAUGGAGGUUCACAUGUCCUUGAAAUUAACCCGAAUAUUCAUAAUGGAGUGGUUCGAUUUAUUCAGCUGAAUGCACUUAAACUCAACGCAUGUGUCUUCGGAGGUCAUUUCUUAGAUAUAUUAUAUGUAUCUUCAGAGCCGCAUGGAUUCAAUGAAGCACGUCCAGGUCUGUAUCAGGGUGCUCAGAUUUUCGCCGUCUCUACCCUUGGCAAUGGAGUGAAAGGAUAUUUGCCAUCCAGAUUCGAUAUGCCUCCGCCACCUAGGGGAACACCAAAACCCCAAAACCGGUACUGGUGGUAACGUGGGCGUUGCACAGGUGCGCACAGUGGGGAAAAAAGAUUAAUUUUUUUAUUUAAAAUAGCGUACAGCACACAAAUAUUGAUCAAUUUGGGCAAAAGAAAAAAAGCCAAAAAGAUUUAUCCAAGAGAUUACAGGCCUGAUUUCUCAAAUUUUUGAAAACCCCAAUACGCUACUUCACGAUAAGUUAAAAACAGUUCUUAAUAUGUGGAUCAAUUUUAGGAUUAUUUAAAACAAUUUUAAUAAAAAAAUGCAUUAUUCGCGAAUUUGUCUAUGUAACAAAUUUUUAGUUUAUAAAUACUAUAAAGUUUUAAACAAACAUAAUAAACAUAUGCUUUUUUUUAAAUUUGUGAACGAUAUAGUUGUUUUUUUUCUCAGUCCCUUCAAUUCAAGUUUGUGAUUGCUUUCAUUUCUUUUUUAAGGCCCCAUAAAAUUUAUCCACUAAUUAUUAAUUGCCCGGAAAUCAUCAAGUUCAGACUUUAAAAUCCCGAGACCGAUAAAAAUUAAUGUCUCCGUCAACAGAUGCUCCAAUAAUGAAUUUGUUUGUUUAAUUAGUUUUUAAAAGUCAUAGAAUUCAGGAACUAAUCAAGAAUGUUGCUGAAAUUAUUAUGAAGCUCCUUAUUAAGAAGUCUCACACUGAUGAAUGAGAAUUUUUCCGUCGACUGAUGCACCAAUGAUGCAUUUGUUUACUAAAAUAAAAGUAACAGCAUAAAAAGAACGGAUUUUUCUAUAAAAAAAUGCCGGACUAAUACAUGAGUUUAUUAAAUUCGUGUAUAAUAU